AUGGCCUUCAAGAUUGCCGACCUCGUCGCUGAGGCUACAGGCGUGAACCCUGUCACCUUCAAGACCAGCUUCGCCGAUUCACCCUUGGCAUACCCAGAGCAGGCCGACAAGCAUCCCGAGAUGCCUGAGCCUACCACCGCGGAGAAGACCGUCGAGAAGGCGCCUGAGAAGACCACCGAGAAGGCCACGGAGGAGACUAGCGUGAAGCUGGCCCCUGAGAAGUCAUCAUCUGGCACUCCGGCUGCCCAAGCACAUGUCCAACAAGCUCAUGAAUAUUCUGAGCCCUUGAUCGAGAGCGAGCCAAAGCGUACCGUCGCCAAGUCGGCUGCCGCAAAGUUAGAUUCGAGCCGUACCACCUCCGGAAAGCGUCCCAAGGCACCUCGCGCUGUGCGCAAGCCCAAGGCCACGCUCCCCAAGGCCGCGAAAACUGGCGAGGAACCUGAUAUGAGCAUUGGUCAGCACGUGAACCAGUCCGAAGCGACGAACGAGGGCGUGAGCAAGAAGCGCACCUUCGACGAAUUCGAGAUAACCGCAGACACCGACAUCGCGGCGCUGGAGGCACUGGGGAAGAAACCCGUGCUUGAGAACACAGAGCCAGCUCUUGAGGCUGUCAAGCGCCCGGCGACGAAGAAGGUGAAGACGGAUUCGGGCAAGGGGGUCGUUUCGCGCGCGACGAAGAAGAAGAGCGCGGUGGAGGCGGAGUCCUCGGACGAGGAGGUCGAGCACAUCCCGGCCAAGAAGCCCGCGAAGAAGGCGGUUUCGCAAUCUACCUCCAAGGCCACACCCGCCGAUGCGAAGGUGAAGAAGCCUGCUGCACCGAAGAAGACUCCUGCGCCGAAGAAGGCUGCUGUGACCAAGAAGUUGGAGAAGGCCCUCAAGGGCAACAAUGUCCCGGGAAAGGCGACGAAGCUUACCCCUGCGCAGAUUGCCGCCCGUAAGGCUGGCAGCAAGUAG